GGUCCGUCCAGGGCCUUAUUCGGUCGUUAUAUAUAUUGGUGCCUUUCGCCGUUCCUCGUCGCGUUCAAGAGAUGGCACGCUCCCGGAGAUUCCAUAUCAUUUAUAUUCCAGUUUGUUCAAUCUUGUACUUUCCCUAUGGCACCUGCCGAGGCUCCAAUCCCAACGAAACCCAAGGGACCGAUUGGGGAUCGUCUGGAUGAUAGUGUCCUGGCCCAUCUCCCUUCGGACUGUCAGGUUCUGUCGAUAACCCCGUCCGGCCAGAGCCUGUGGGCCGAAACCGUCAGGAUAAGAGUUCGACAUUCCAAUGGCAGGAUUGAAGAGUUAUUCAAGAAGGCCGCAACGGGUCAGAUUGGGAGGAACAUGAUGAAGGGCAGCUACGAGGCAGAAAGCGCCCUGCACGAUGCCAUCCCCGGGUACGUCCCCAGGCCAGUCGCUUGGGGAACGUACAGCGCCGACCCGCAGACACAUUUCUACAUGUGCGAGUUCGUCGACAUGCUGGAUGACGUCCCCAGCGCCAGGCAAUGGGGCUCGGCAGUCGCUGCUCUACACCUGGGCAGCAUGGGGAACUCGCCGGACGGACGCUUCGGCUUCCAGACAACGACCCACCUUGCCAACGUCCCUGUCGACAACACGUGGUCUCGCUCCUGGGAGGAGUGCUGGACGCGGCAGAUGAAGUCCCUUUUCGACGAGGACGAACGCCGCCAUGGUCCGGAUGAGGAAUUCGCCAAGCUCAAGGCUGCUUUCCUCGCCGAGGUCAUCCCUCGCUACCUUCGACCGCUAGAGACGAACGGGAGAAGCAUACAGCCCUGCCUAAUCCAUUCCGACUUGUGGCCGGGGAACGUCAAGCCGAGGGUUGAUUCAACUGACGUCUGCUUGUUCGACCCGUGCGCCUAUUGGGGCCACAAUGAAGCGGAUCUCGGCAUAUGCCGAAAUCCCCGAUACCGACUCGGUCCGGCUUAUAUGAGGGAGUACUGGAAGCAUGUCCCCAUUUCGCAGCCGGAACAAGAUUUCGACGGGCGGAAUACCGUGUAUGCGUUCAAGUUCCACCUCCUUUUGUCUAUCCUGUAUUACAAGGACCGGCGCUUCCGGAAGAUUGCUACAGACGAGAUGCGGGAGCUGGUUAAGAAGGUGCAGUUGGAGAAGGAAGAGCUGGAGAAGGAAGAGCUAAAGAAGGAAAGGCUAAAGAAGGAGGAGCUAGAGAAGGAAGCGCCGGAGAAGGAAGAGCCGGAGAAGGAAGAGCUAGAAAAGAGAGAGUUGGAAAAGGGAGAGUUGGAAAAAGGAGAGUUGGAAAAAGGAGAGCUGGAAAAGGGAGAGCUGGAGAAGGAAAAGCUAGAGAAAGGAGAGCCGGAGGAAGGAGACAUGGAGGAAGCAAGCUUUAAAGCUAGUCUCUGCCUUCCAAUCUAUCAGACAAGCAGCUCUAAACUGUAGACAUAGGGCUGCAGGUACAGCUAACCUUGAUAUAUCUACUAGUGUUUGUCGAAGUUAUUUGGUGCUGAUAGUGGUAGACUACAGCCUACCCGUAUACGGAUAGAUUCAUAUGUCGUUGCCUGUCUCCUAUUAUUCCUUGUCUCCUUAGAUUUCUCUGCGAAAUCGAAGUUCGGUC